CGGACCAUGGCGACGGACGGAGGGAUCCGUGGAGAGAGAAUUGGUAUUUCUAACCAAAAUAAGUCCAGCCUGACUUCUCCAGAAAAAGUCCGUGAAAUUCUCAAUGAGGGGGUUUCUGCAGUGGACUCCGACUGCAAUAGCAAACAAGGAGAUACAAACAAUCUGGAAGUAAAAAGCAACCCCCUAGCACCCUGUGAGACUACAAACCAUGAAGCUUUUUUCUCCAGAGUGGAGUCAUAUUCAGAAAUGGGCAGCCAAGCCACACAUACUGUCACCUCUGAUGUGUGCCAGAUAUGGUUGGGUCAAUGUUGGUAAUGACAUGCUAAAGUGCUCCAGCUGCCAGGCUUUCCUUUGUGCAUCCCUACAACCAUCUUUAGACUUCGAAAAAUAUAAAACUCGAGUUGCAGAAAUAUCGACGCAGCUUCAGACACAGCAUGAAAAGUAUUGCCCUUGGCCUGACUUUCCUUGUCCAGAGCGGUUCUGGUUGGUUUCGUCUUCUGAACCAUCAGCACUUCUUACUGCCCUUCUGGAGCGCUUUCAGAGCACAUGCAUCCUGGCACAGCAGCUGCCAGCCAUAAGUCCAGAGCUACUGAAGUCUAUGUCUCUCACUGAGGAUGUUAUCAGCAUUGUGCUGCAGUUGAUUGAGGAGGAACAGAAAAGAAAGGGAGGGACUCCAUGCUCUGAACCUUUAGCUGUGCAGGUGUCUGCGUGCAUUGUCUCUCUCUGUGGAUGGGGAGCAAACCCAUCUCUGCAUUCCAUGAGCCUACCAACCCUCUCCUGCUCCUACUGUAUGCGGAAGGUCGGCUUAUGGAACUUCCAUCAGAUAGAAGGUGUGGCAGGUGACACAGAGACCCCACCAAACUCAGCAGGACCCUCUGGUUCCACAGCGGGGCCUGCGCCAGCAGCUACUGAUGGGGAUGUUUUUGGGACAGCCUCGCCCGCUCCAACUCCAACAACUCCAUGUCGCAUGAAGCUUAGGAGCCAGGACUCCACUCGCACUGACCAGGAUGAAGGAACUCCCUCUCCAGUGGCUCUGCGUGCCCGCAGCAGAGAUUCACCUAGUCCAAGUGAAGAGCUGCCAAGUCCUUUAAGCAGAGGCAAGAGACCUGCGACCCGAAAUCGAGGACAGGGGUUUGGCUCAGGGACUGAUGGCGCUGCCCCUCUACACCCUCCAAAACGCCUGUGCCUCUCAUCCGCUGGUGGUCCAGGUGGUCCUCUGCCCAAGAGAGCCUUUGACCCCCUUACUCAACACAGAGACUGGUGUCCCUGGAUCUCUGAGGGGAAGGAGAACAUGGACCCAGAGGUGGCAUCACCUGUAGUAACAACUUCAACAGUUAAUCAGCAGGCCUGGAAAGCUGCUCUUGAUCUCCUCAUGCCCACAAAGAAGAAUGCCAAUGCACAAGGUGGCACACCAGCACAGGGCCCUCGUGACAAGACUAAAGGAGUGUUUGCUAUCCUCCGUCAGUGGCAGGUAUCCUCCUCACCUCAGAACGUUUAGAUCCAAAACCUGCCUAUUUUUUUUUUUUUUUACUUUAGGUCACCAAAAGCUCCAUCCCAGCAUUUAAGGAGAAUCAUAUAUUACUGUAUGUCACUCCUUAUUGUUGAAUUUGUUAUAAAUAAAGUGUUUGAGUUAGUGUUGAUGUUUUAAAAAAGAAAGGAUUCCUUGCGGUGUUACAAACAUUUCACUUUUACUAACUGUACCAUGCCUUGCUGUGUAUUGAUACUUGAUAAACCAUUUGCAUUUUGUGACAUUACAACCACACAUUUUAAUAUGUUUUAUUGGUCAAUACAUGACGAUGAAGUAGAUUAUAAACGUGAAAUGGAAGACAAAUGUUGCAUCCUAAAUGGUGACUGAGUGAGAGGAGGGGUACCUUCUGGAGACGUUGCUAAUCCAACACAGAGUGAGACAGAGACAUGACAAACAACCAUGCAUGCACAAAGUCUAAAUUAGAGGAAUCGAUUUAGUAAAUCGUUUUGUUUUUGGAGUUGGAAGGAAAGCUGGGGAGAGAAAGAUAUGCACUAGGAGAGCAUGCAAAUUCAUUCAGAACGACCCCUAAAAUGAAACUAAAUAAAUUCCCGUUACACUUAGAUUUUUAUUCUUCACUCUUUUGAAAGUAAUGCAUUUUAGUUUUACAAUAAUUCUCUGCUUUGUGACGUUUUGUCACUGAAAAUAAACAUUCAGCUUGUAGUUGUAAUGUGAGCAAAGGGUGUGAAUAAAAGGCAUCGUGAAGCUGGAUUGGUUUCUGCCGUGGUCUUAGUUUUGGAAGCUGAACCACCUUGAAGACCUGUCCAUGUCAUGUUUUUAGUGAAAAUAGAUGAAUAUCUUUUUGUGAGAAACAGCCAUUUGGCAUCAACACUGGGAAGAAGUUUUUUUUUAAAGAGCCUAUAUCUUGCAAAAUAAACAUACUUGGUAUUUAAAAUAUGUUAUGUUUUUCCUUCAUCAAAAUCUUCACAGUUGGAAGAACACAACUUCAUUGCAUUUUGACACCCAUGUAGUUUUUAAGGCAUUAUUUUAUCAUAGAUCUGUCUAUAGAUGACAUUAAAAGGCUUUUUUUUUUUUAAGCAUGAUAUAGGACCUUUAAUGUGCUGUAUAGCUGUUUGCUGGAAUUGAAUUGAUCAACCUUAUUAAAAGAACAGACUGUGAGCAACUUAGGUUUACGCUUUUCAUACUUUUGGCUUUUUAAAAAUGUUUGUCUUUUUUUAACAUUUUCAUUUUGACCUUUGUCUUCCUAGGCUUUCUGAAGGGAAUUUAAUAAAGUAGUUUUCUGAAAGGUUUGUUUCAAAUUUAGUUUUUUGCUUGAAAAUAAGUAAAUAUUUUUUGAAACAUGACAUACUGAAUUGUAAAUGCAUCUGAAAUAAAACCCCAAA